GCCUGGACUGAAGAAUUCCUUACUACCAGUACCAUUUUAUGAGCGUUCUACCAUAAUCUGCUAUUCAUAUUCAUAUCGCCUAUUCUCUCCGCCAACCCAUCGGUUUCUUGUGUACGGGAAUGUUACUCUCUUACAAAAUCGAACCCAUCAUCUCCAUCCCAGACAACAACCUUAUCUGGAGUCGCAAACAUUCGUCAGGCAGAUCAUUGCCAGCCAAUAAUAGACCAAUCCUCGGUCAACUCAAGAGCAGCCUCACCAGUUCUUCAACUGAAAGCAACCCUAGCCUCAUCACCAAUGCAGGUCAAGUUUCCAUUGAGAAGAUACGAAAGAGGCUGUUCAAUGGGAAGAGGAUAUCGCCAUCUGCAUACGACACCGCGUGGGUGGCGAUGGUGCCGGACACCGGAGGCAGCAGGCCCUGUUUUCCGCAGUGCUUGGAUUGGAUAAUCGAAAAUCAGAAGGCGGACGGGUCAUGGGGCCUGCAGUAUCCGGGACCGGGCCAUCCCUCGCUGGUCAAAGACUCUCUUGCUUGCACCCUGGCAUGCUUGCUUGCCCUCUGCAAAUGGGAUGUCGCCCACCAACUUGUCCAGAAGGGUUUGGACUUCAUCGGAUCGAAUUGUUGGGCUCUUUGUAAUGACAAGGAUCAAUAUUGUCCAAUCGGAUUUGAAAUCGUUUUUCCCCAAAUGAUCAGUUGUGGGUAUGACCUGGGUUUGACUCUCCCUUUGGACUCGAAUUUAGUGGAUUCCAUGCUUCGCCAACGACAUUCAAUUAUCAUGAGAAAUGGGAAGCUGGGAUAUGUUGCUGAGGGACUUGGAGAGUCUGGUAAUUGGAAGAAGCUAUUGAUGGCUGAGCAAAGAAGCAAUGGGUCGCUCUUCAAUUCACCAGCCACUACUGCUGCUGCUUUGAUUCACUGUCCAGACCAAAAAUGCUUGGAAUACUUGCACUCCCUUCUCAAAAUUUACAACACAUGGGUACCUACUAUUUAUCCUAUGGACAUAUACACUCGACUCUGCAUUGUGGAUACCACGGAAAGGUUGGGAAUAGAUCGGUAUUUUCAAUACGAACUCGACAGCAUUCUAAAUGAAACGCACAGGUUAUGGCAGCAAAGAGAAGACGAGAUUUUUGAGGAUAUUAGGUGUCGAGCCAUGGCAUUUCGACUCCUGCGAAUGAAAGGAUAUAAUGUCUUGUCAGAUGAAUUGGCAGCGUUUGUCGAUGAAGAGCAUUUCUUCAGCUCGGUGAGUGCGCAAUUCACUGGUGUGACUACAAUUCUUGAGCUUUACAAAGCUUCACAGCUCCGAAUGCACGAAGAUGAAGCUGUACUUGAGAAAAUACAUUCUUGGACCGGCAUGUUUCUGAAGCAACAGUUGCUAAAUCAAACUAUUCUGGAUAAGCGAUUGCAGAAACAGGUGGAAGGCGACCUGAAGGACUUUCGAGGAACAUCAAAUAUAAUUGAAAGAAAACUAUGGAUUGAGCUAUAUGAUGUCAACCAUUUUCAAAUCCUAAAAACAGCAUACAGGUGCCCCACCAUUUAUAAUGAAGACAUUCUUGAAUUUUCAAGGAAAGAUUUUAGUAUUUGCCAAGCUCAGUACCAGAAAGAACUUCAACUACUCGAGAGAUGGUACAGCGACUGUAAGAUGGAUGGCAUGACGUUCGGAAGGAAUAUACUACACGUUUCGUAUUUUGUGAGUGCUUUAAUCGUCAGCGAUCCUCAACUAUCCGAUGCCCGUAUUUGCUAUACAAAAUCCCAAGUUCUUUUUACUCGGAUCGAUGAUUAUAUGGAUCACUAUUCUUCCAUGGAUGAAGCUCGCGACUUUGUUGAGUUAAUAAGGAAUUGGAGAAAGCAACCGUCCGCAACUCACUGCUCUCACGACAUUGAAAUUCUGUUUGCGGAAGUAUACAACACAGUAAAUGAAUGGGCAGAAAUUGCUUCAGCACAGCAAGGUCGCUGCGUCAAAAGUCUCCUAAUCGAGCAGUGGCUUGAAUUGGUAACAUGUAUGAUGAAAGAAAAGGAAGCCUCAAGUGACAAUAAAGUACCGACCGUGGACGAAUACUUGUCCUUCUCCUGGCCGACUGUUGGAGGCAAAAUGUGCAGUUUUAUGGUAGUCCAUUUCCUUGGAACAAAAUUCUCCCAGGAGAUGCUAACAAGUGCCGAGUGCGUUAAUUUGUGCAAGCAUGUUUCUAUGGUAGCACGAAUUCAGAACGACAUACGUAGUUUCAAGAGAGAAGAAGAAGAAGGGAAGAUAAACAGUGUGAGACUGCAAGCAGCGGAGUGUGGUGGAGCCAAUCCAGUAGAAGAGGCUAUUGCAAAACUAAGACAAAGGAUUGAAUAUCACAGGAGAAAAGUGGUGCAGUUGAUUGUUGAGACAAAAGACAACCUGGUUCCUAAAGAGUACAAGAAUUUGAUUUGGAGGACUGGGGAAGCUGGCUAUUACAUGUACUCCGAACUCGACGGCUAUACCUCCCAGCAGAAUGUCAUCAACGAUAUGAAAGCAUUUAUUUAUGACCCGUUGAAUCUUCCUUAACUAUGUUUGUUGUGUGUCUUAUCCCAACUUUGUAUACUUAUCAAGAACUCCAAUGCAAGAACACUUCGGUCAUUUAAAAAAACUAUUCUACUAUGCAAUUUGCAUAUGCAAAGUGAACUAUAUAAUGUAUUAUCAGUUUGUAAAAAAAACAAAUUGAAUUAUUUGAAUUAUGGGAAA